AUGAAGAUGACAAAGAAGAGAUCCAAGCAGCACCGAACCCAAGAGGAACCUGCAGGUCCGGUGUCCGUCCAGGUAUCCCCGAAGAUCGAUUAUGUCCAACCAUUGUCAUCGCCGUACGAAGCCCCAGUCGUGACCGCCACGAUCGGGAAUAAGCAAUAUUGCAUCCCGAGAUAUUAUCUUAAGACAUGCCGACAACUUGAGCAGCAGUUGUUUCUGUAUCCAUACAUUACACUGCCUGAUGUUCACGAGGAUAUUGGCCAUACCUUUGUGCAUUUCCUAUAUUCAGGAUGCUAUGAGACGCUAAAGUCGUCACUCGAGGAGGGCACACCCAGCGUUGCAAGAGAGUAUAAGAGAAGUGUGUUAGUUUACCAGGCAUCCAGAACAUACAACCUUCCUGCUCUUGAAGCUUUUGCGAGAGACUACAUAGAACGGUUUGGCGAAGAAAUGUCUAUGCCUGACAUACUGCGGAUUACAAGGGAAGUCUUUUCAAAACUUCCCGACGACGAAACCUGGCUUCCGAAGUAUAUCGAAAGAAACCUCCAGCAGGCGUUGAUGUCUAGCAAGUCAGAAUUCGAUUUAGAUGAACUUUACAAUGCCCUCGGUCAGGAUCAUUAUUUCGAUAAUACUGUGACGAAAAUGAUGCUCGAGAUACUCCUUCAUUCCCAGGAAAUCACCUCGCAGGCCGGGAAAAGCCCCUGUGAACAAAUGCAUAGUCAUGGUAACGGAGAUGGAAAUGCAUCAAUAGACGAAUCCAUGGGGAAAAUGACUAUUGGACGACAGUACACAGAAGAGUCGACUAACGGAAAUCCCGCUUCUGUGGAGGCUGCCGCUGAACCUGCUGAUGCCGCUGAACCAGCUGAUGCCGCUGAGUCUGAUGUUGCCGCUGAACCUGCUGAUGCCGCUGAGCCUGCUGAUGCCGCUGAGUCUGAUGCUGCCGCUGAACCUGCUGAUGCCGCUGAGCCUGCUGAUGCCGCUGAGUCUGAUGCUGCCGCUGAACCUGCUGAUGCCGCUGAACCUGCUGAUGCCGCGGAGUCUGCUGGUGUCGAUGAGCUUGCUGAUGCCGCUGAGGCUUCUGCUGCUGAAGAGCCCCUGGAUCAAUUCUGUCCCACUAAGGUUUCGCUUGUGGAUGUAGCUCUAUACCGGAACUGGAAGAGCCUGUCCUCAAAGAAGAGGGCUAAACGAACGCGAAAUCUUGUUGCAAGGGGUCUUCCAGUCCCAGGGAAAGACGGCCUGGUUUCCAUCUUCGUGGUGUGA